GUGAGUGAGAGGACGCGCGGUGGUGGGUGGUUCGCUGUACGGUUACUCCGCUCGGGUGGUAGCCCUGCGCCGUUCGGCGGAUCGCAAGCGUGCAGCGCAGCGUAGCGCGUGUCAACGACGUGUUCGCGGCGGCUGCUAUGCUGGCAGUAGGACCGCGCGGCGCGCCUGCGCGGAACUGCAGCGACCGCUUCAAGUAGCUCGCUUCUCUUCGCCGGUCCAGGCGGGGCACACCUGGCGAUGGCCGCUCUGUGGCGGGCCGCGACGCGGCGCAAGCCCCUCCACCCGGGCGGCUGCGACGCCGACGCGGGCACGAGGCUGGCGCGCGUGCUCACCACCACGGACCUGACGGCGCUGGGGGUGGGCAGCACCCUGGGAGUGGGGGUGUACGUGCUGGCGGGCGGCGUGGCCAGGAGCGCCGCCGGACCCGCCGUCGUGCUGUCCUUCCUGCUCGCCGCCGUCGCCUCCGUCUUCGCCGGUCUGUGCUACGCCGAGUUCGGCUCUCGCGUGCCCAGAGCCGGCUCGGCGUACGUCUACAGCUACGUCAGCAUAGGGGAGUUCGUAGCGUUCGUCAUCGGCUGGAACCUCAUCCUGGAGUACGUCAUUGGUUCAGCUAGUGUUGUUCGAGGACUGAGCAUGUACUUGGACUCCAUGAUGAACGACACGAUGAAGCACGCUUUCCAAUCGUUCGCGCCCAUCAACGUUUCAAUUUUGUCUCCGUACUUCGACUUCUUUGCGUUCGCGACUUCGCUCCUUCUCGCGGUUGUUCUGGCUGUCGGGGUUAAAGAAUCCUCAUAUGUGAACACUAUAUUCACACUGCUGAACAUUGCUGUGAUCCUAUUCGUAAUCAUCGCAGGAUCAAUUAAAGCGGACCCCGCCAACUGGAGGAUCCGGCGGGAGGACAUCCCGGCCGAUGUGGUCGGCGGGGAAGGGGGGUUCCUGCCGUUCGGCGUCGCCGGCGUGCUGAGAGGCGCGGCCACGUGCUUCUACGGCUUCGUGGGCUUCGACUGCAUCGCGACCACAGGUGAGGAAGUGAAGAAGCCUCAACGAGCCAUUCCGCUUGCGAUAAUAAUGUCACUAAUGAUAGUUUUUCUAUCAUAUUUUGGAGUUUCGACUAUUCUCACAAUGAUGGUUCCGUAUUACCAGCAGGAUGAAGACGCUCCCAUCCCGCACGUGUUCACGAGCGUGGGAUGGCCGCUGGCCACGUGGAUAGUCAGCGUGGGAGGAGUCUUCGGUCUGUGCGCGAGCCUGUUCGGGUCCAUGUUCCCGCUGCCGCGCAUCAUCUACGCCAUGGCGUCGGACGGCCUGCUGUUCCGGUUCCUGGGCGCGGUGAGCGCGCGCCUGCGCACUCCCGUGGUGGCGACCCUGCUGGCGGGGUUGCUCACAGGUCUGAUGGCGGGCUUGUUUGAACUGAGCCACCUUGUCAACAUGAUGUCGAUAGGAACACUACUGGCCUACACGAUUGUGGCAGCGUGUGUUCUGUUGCUGAGGUACAGUGCGGGCAUGAAUGAAGAUGGCUAUAUGUUGCUGGUAACAUAUUGUGAGAAUUUUGAUGCUGAUGAAGGAUGUCAGCCCAAAGAUGAUGUGACGUUCACGGACAACGACGACGACGAAGCCCGCGACGGACUCCUGAUCACGGACACGGACACGGACAACCCCGCCGCGGCUGAAGGGAAAGGCCACUCGUGCGCCGCCAUAGCCGAACAGCUGUUCAACAUCCCCUGCGCGAGAAGUCCGACGCCACUCACUUACAACAUCGUCAGCGUGCAAGUUUUCCUGUUCUGCGUGAUGAGCGCGGUGACCAGCCAGAGCAUCAUCCAGAUGUCUGACCUUCUGGCGGCGGGCAGCGCGGGGGCGGUAGCCGCCGUGGCGGUGGAAGUAGUCGUCAUGCUGCUCAUGGUGAUCUCCAUCGCCCUGCAGCCCCGGUCCGCCAGGGCCUCGCCGUUCAGGGUGCCGUUUGUUCCUUUCCUGCCUGCGCUGAGCAUCUUCAUCAACGUGUACCUAAUGAUGAUGCUCGACGUGUUGACGUGGAUCAGGUUCGCUGUGUGGAUGGCCGCAGGUGUCGUUUUUUAUCUGAUAUACGGUGUUUGGAAAAGUGAUGAAAGGCGCGCUGGUAAACUUAGCGCCGAGGAGAAUCCACCCAAGUCUGCUGCUGGUUGCGUCAAUGCUGGCUUCGUACCGAGUGAAACAUCCAGCGACCCAGAAGCCACUCCGGAAGUGUCGGUAAAGAGCGUCAAGUCAGCAGAUGAUGGCGCAGCAACAGCUGCAGCUGCCCACAGUGAGAGUGAUCACGUUGCAGCAGCUGUUACUUACAGUGCGGUGAAAGAGAAUCACUUGGGCUCACCCCAAGUGGAAAAGGCGCUCCUUGGUAGAUCAGAAAAAUUAGGAACCGAUGUCACGUUUGUAAACGAAUCACAAAGAAAUGUUAAACAGAAUGUACGAGUUUUCGGAGGUGAUUCUAUUCGUUCUUAUGUGUCUGUUAGAGAUGGCGGGGUGAAAUCUGUGAAGGGUGGAGGUUUGAUCGUUUUUCCUUGUGCUUUUGUGUCGUCUGAGUGUGCCGGCUUGGAUAACAACACAAGCGAACACAUCCCCCUCAAAAACACGCAGUCUAAAGAAGAGAGUACUAUUACUGUCAUACCAGGGUUAAUAGGUUCACAGAACGACGGUUUGAAAGCCAGCGAGGACGAGAAGAAUUUGUAUCCAAGUAUUAUAGUUCUGCCACAUGGUUCUGAAAAGACGCGCGAAGAACAGAGAAUAAAUGAGACAAGUGACCAUGAGAAUUCUAUAGACAGCCAUGACAGCGAGGAAUACUGUACACCAGAAACAGACGAGCUGGAAGAUUCUAUAGGAACCAAUAGUUUAAAGAAAAAUAUUUCCUCGCACAGCAGUGAAGUAGUAAAGGUUGAACAGGAUGAAAAAAGUGGUGAAGAACUGAAUCUAUUUCCAAGAGAGGCUUUGGAUGUACAGAAAAUUAAAGCUUUGGAUGUAGAGGAAAAUACAUCUUUGGAUGUAGAGGAAAAUACAUCUUUGGAUGUACGGGAAAAUAAAGCUUUGGAUUUAGAGGUAAAUAAAUCUUUGGAUGUACAGGAAAAUAAAACUUUAGAAGUACAGGAAAAUAAAUUAAUGGAUGGAAAUUCAAAACAAAAUGGUUCAGAUUCAGUAAAUGAAUCUAAAGAAUCAACAGCUACUGUUCGAGCGGAACAUGAACCAGAUCAAGGAAAUCUUCGAUCGCUUUCAUUUACUGAAAAACUGAACACUUUAUUGAAGAAGAAACACAAUAACAAAGCGAAACAACUACAGGAGAAAUAUGGGGCCAAAAACCCAGCCCAGCUUACCGGAUCAUCUGCAAGACUUGAACCAGGCCACUCCGAGCCGAAUCUUCACGAAAAAUUGAAGAAAAAGCCUUCAGUCGACAGCAGAGUUAUCGAACAAUCUUUAAGCAUCAAGGAUCGAUUGGAAAUGCUUUUGUCCCAACGACUGGUUGGAACUGCCACGCAACCUGACUCUGGCCUUGGCAACAAGCAACCGGCGACUAUAUCUCGCAGCAAGAGUCACGAUCUUGCCAAAAGUGUCGAGACGCGCGAGACAGCCGGGCGAGAAGGCUCGGCGCGUCGGGACUCUGCCAAAGAUGUCGACGGCAAAGAAUCACCCGAAGGGGAACCUUACACGAAAGCUGAGCUGCGAGCGAAACUGGAAGAUAUAUUUUCCAGGAAAGAAAGGCCGUCGUUCAGAACCAGGCCCGUUGUCGUGGACCCCGAGUUCAGGGGCAGCGGCAGCGCGGAUGCAGUCGGGAAACACAAGCUGAUGUUGGAGGAGCUCAUCUCGACUUCGGACCAGACGGACGACAGCCCGAGCGUGGAAGGAAUCAGCCGAACAGGUUCUCUGGAUACUUCGGACCACUCGGGACCACCACGAAAAGCCCAGAGUCGAACUGAGGAUGCCAAAGAUCCCUUAGAAGACAGCGAUAGCAGCGAGAUGUAUUUUGAUGCCUUGACUAAUCCAGAAUCAGAACGCUCUGAAAGUAGAUGAUAAAUGGAACUGUUAAAAAUGCAAAACGAGCACUCUAGUCAUAUUCCUAAUACUCAGAGGUUAUUAUUUCAUACUCGUUCGUAUACAAGGAGCAAUAUUAAGGAAUAAGUAGUCAAUGGUAGAAACGUUAACAUUUUUUUUUUGUGUAGAGCUUUGCCAUCGUUGGAAAUUUUUUCGCGUGGCGGGGGCUUGCUGGAUUGUGAACCCGCAGUGAGAAAUGGCGACGUUUCUUCUGCACCUGAGCCCAUGCUAUGCUUAAAGAUGCUGAUGGAACGUAGCGACGACGGUGAGGUUCAGCUCCGGUAGAGUUGUCAGUGAAUCUUCGUCGCGACUGGACGUUCAGAACCUUGCCUGCCCGGGUCCCAUUCCACAGAAGCACAAGUUCGUAACCUGUACAAGUUAGUACAAAUAUCUAGUCACGAGUGUCUCACAAGAGCACUCUUGCAAACUUGGCGUGACACGUGAAUUUUCACAAGUUUACCAGUGAUGUACUUAAAAAAUUAUGUUAUUGACAAUAAUUGUGGCUUACAAAUUUGUAGCUGACACUUUUUGUCUAGUACUAAUUUUCUACUUAGUUCUUCCUUUACUGAGAUAGAAAAAAACUUAAUUUAAAUCAUAAACAUAUUUAUGCUGCAACUUAAUAAUUUUAACUUUUACUUGUUAGUGACAACUUUAGGGAAAUGUUUGAAACGCCUGUUCGUAACAAAGUGUGAUUACGAAAGCGUUUUUUUUUACAAUGUUGUAAAUAACAAGACUUGUGCCCUUGUGAAACGGGCCCCUGGAGUUGUUGUUUUUACGCGUUCACUGAACUGAAUCGAUGUAACGAUGAAGACGUCCGAGGUACUGACUAGCACACACAUUCAAGUACAUACGCAUAGAAGGUUGGCAUUUCUCGCGAAGAUAUUAGACGUUAGGUGUGCCCGCGCCACUGGUUUCCUUCUUGUGGUUGACGGCCGUCUCCAACAGAAACCAUUGCCUUAUUUGGCCUGGCCAUUCCGGCCGCGUUUACUUGCGCACAGAAUUUCUGCGAUCCUCGUGCCAACGGUUGACAUGUAUUUGAAAUAAACUUGAACAAUAGUGAAACACGGCCAGCCUCUACGCUAUGCAACAAAAGUAAAGAACUGGUGUGCCGUUUUAUUGUGUCUGCUGCGGGGGACUACGAGAACAUUAAGUACUAUAACGUAACUCAAUGGCUUAAUUUUAGAAAUAAUGCAUCUGUUUACCUCUUAAAAUUCGCUCUACGAGAAUUUACGUGCCAAGAUAUUGUUCAGAAAACUACACGCAUAAAGGAUUUUUUUUCAUUCAUAAGAAAACAUUAUAAAUAUAAAGUAACCGAGAAUUUUUUUUACUUCAGUGACAUUUAUACUUAUUCAUACGUCACAGAAGAUCUUUUGAUUUUUUUCCUAGCAAAAAAUAAAACUGAUUUCUGCAGUUAUGCGCGCGCGCGCGAAUCGUGUUUGAAGACGAGGUCGAAAAGUGGAGAACGUCUUUCAAAAUUGUGGUGAAAUGUUUUUUUUUUUCGAACGACACGGUGUUCCGAAAAUUCGUCAUCCAAUAACCUGGCAACCUUGAAAGCAGGUGUAUCAUAAAGAACUUCUCGCCAUUGACAAUAACUACAAAUCUCCCAACAAACACAUGUUCUAACAGUAAAUUGCUGUAUUUUACUAGAAGCCGUGUCGGAGAUACACUGCAGCUACAUCAAAGUGCAUCUCAACAUCACAAGCAUUUGCAGCAGAUGUGCUUUGCUGAGAACACAUUGCAUAUUGUGUUUGUUGCCUAUUGUGCUGUCCAUUUUCUGUUCGCGUAACAAGCGCCUUCAUUUCUGUGGCGUGCUUUUGUUGUGUUAAAUUUUUUGUUGUUAUAACCCAAAUUUGAGAUUGUAGUAUGUUUUGUACUAAGAAAUAUAUUUGUAAUAAGCGUGUCUUUUUCAUGCUGAUUUGAAUAAAAAGUAAUCCAGUUAUGUUUGUGACGUGUAUUUUAAUAUGUGGUACCAAUACAAUACAAAAAUCUGCAAGGUUUAUUUAGUUCUGGCGAAAUAUUUAUUUGAUGCUGGUUUUGUGAUUUCUGAGGUGGGGCUAGAGUAGUGAGUAAAGAACUAUGUGGCAUGAAACUAAUUUAAAAAAAUUAUUUGUUAAUACCUAAGUACAACAAUGAGAUAUCUAUGCUCCCUUUGUGGUAACUUGAUGUAUACACAGCUGCCAGAAAAUUAUUAGAAUGUGAAAAUACACCAUGAAAUAUGAAUUACCACAAUGGUCUGAAAUUGAGAAUUCCGAUUAAAUGUUUGUACAAUUGUUGAAAUUAUUAAUAAAGUCAAAAACUGAAUAAGGGUUCAUUGCUGUGCAGGUAAAAUAUAAUAAAGAAUA